AAAAAAAAAUAGAUUAGUUUACUAUUAUUAAGAAAUCCAACUUAUAAAUAAGAGUUCGUUGUUCGAAACCGAAUUUUGUUUUUACACUUCGAAUAUUUUUAAAUUCUUUAAAUUACCUCAUUAACUUCAUUUCAGAUAAGAAGACAUUUCGAGGGCUUUUUCCAUCUUAAGGCUGUAUAUUAAUCACCCACACCCAACCCUGCUUAUCGCAAAUUAUCCGGCCCCAUCCAUCGCAGGACCUUAAAUCAUGUCACCGUGCUCACCGCUUAUCUGAAAGUCAUUUAACACAUGUGUGUGUUCUAGCAACUGGCAUGUUAAUUAUAUCCUUUUUGGCAGGCUCAUCUGGGGAUCUUGGGGGCUCCUUUGUGGCCACUUUUGCUUGAAAUUAAAAUGUUAUUAUUCGAGCUUAUCUGCGGGGCCUUAAAGCGGCCGCAAAACUAAGGUCCUAAUGGCCUCGCACACCAGCACACGCUCUUUAACUGUUUUAAACGCCAUUGUUAAAAUAUUGCUCAUACGCACUUCCGCCCGAAAUGGGGUCUCCUCUCUUCGGCAGCACUAAUGAUGCCCAAGAACAUGGAGCAAAGGACCCGGCAAAGGCAGGAGCAUCCACAGCCAUGUCCCCGGUGGAACAAAGUUGGCUCCGCCCACCAGCAAGAGCAGCAGCCGAUGACAGCGGCAGAUAAAAGGGCAGCGGCAAAGUGGGUGGGGGUGGUGCGGAGAGCGCGCCUGCGCAUCAGCCACCGCAGGAACGCAGGGCGAUGGGGUGACAUCCUUGCUGAUUACACCUCCCCCAGCCCACACAGAACGAUACCGCCUAAGGGGAGGAGUGUGUCGCCAUCUUUGAGCGUGGACUGGACGGGAUGAUCUGGCCGCCACAUUAACUUGGAGUGCGCGCUACCAAGUGCAACACGUCGCGGACGACAUAAUAGCGGUACUUUGCGGUUUAGAUUCGUCGGUCACACGUCGUCAAUAUUCCGCGAAAAAGGACCAAAUCCGAGAACCUUUCUUGGUCAACACACAGAAAAACAAACAGUGGCACACUAGAGGAGAAAAGGAGCAGAGGAGCAAAGAAGCAAACAAACCAAACACACACUCGACAAGGAGUGCGGAAAACUUGGACACAUACGCCCAGCUUGUUGCUGGCUGUGGGCGUGGCAACAAAAAACCGACAAGGACACACAUGUGUCCUGCCAGUGUGUCGCGGAAAUUUUUGUGCGGAAAUUAUAGAAAUUUCGCUUUUUGAUUUCAUUUUCGUUCCGCUUUCGUUGCGGCCCAUCUACCGCCCACCUCCACCUAUUGUGCACCUGUGCGAAAAAGGGCACCGAGAAAUGCCCAAGGAGCCUGCCACCUUCGUUGCCGUCGGUGUCCAGUUCGCGUCGUCGUCGUCCUUGCACUGACAAAUUCCCUUGCAUAUCCGCUCCAGGACUAGCAACUUUGACUGCAAACAAAACCGUCAUUCGCGUGGCGCGUCGUUGUCGCGUUCACUUGUCGCAUAUCCGUCGCCAUUUUGACAAUAAUUUCAUUUCCGGUCGCCAAUUUAUACGCACUUGAGUGAGUGAGUGAUUAACUGCACGGACCCCCAAACGAUACUCAGUGUUUACGAUUGCAAGUUGGCCAGCCUGAAGUAGAAUAGACAGUUAAAGAGGAGUCUUAUUUUUGGAUAAACUUUAUAAGAGAAACAAGCACAAUCCUGAGAGUCAAGUGGAAUCCCUUGUUUAGCCAACAGCCAGCCAUCGAGGCUCCCCAGGCGUGCGUCAUGUACGAGAAUUCGUGUUCGUAUCAGACGGCGCUGGACCUGAAGCGAGUGUCGCCGCCCACUCUCGCCCAGGUGAAGACGGAGGACUGCCUGACCCUGGGACAGUGCUCGCCGGACUGGACCUCGUACCGCUUCCACCAGUCCACCUUUGAGCAGUUGAAGCAGAGCGUCGAAAAGGCCAAGGCGGCGCUGCAAGAUCGCAGCAGUUUCUUCGGGGCCAGCAGUGCCUUCAGUGACAUCUACUCCAGCCAGCGCUUGACGGACACCCUCGACACCCUGCCCGUUCAGUCCGGGAACGGGGCUGGCAAUUGCCUAGGCCUUCCACACAAUCCCAAUGUCGGAGUGGGAGUGGGCGUCGGCGUGGGCGUGGCCGGGGUGCUAAACUACAAUGCGGUUAGCAGCAGCACGGCCGGAGUGCUGGGCAGUAGCGGGAACAGUGUGCAGCGACACCGGUUGGACACACUGCAGCCUCCGCCCGGCUGCUCACCCGCCGGCACCCAGCACGGCGUCAUCACGUCCAGUGCCGGACAGGUUACGUCCGGAACUCUGGAUGCGGUGAGUGCGGCUCCGGCAUUGCCAUCGCUAGCAGCGUCCAGCUCCUCGCAUGUGGAGCCCAAAGUCAGGGCAGAUAAAUCCUCGCUGGACUGCGCCACCACAUCCUCGCACACGGCGGUGCCCUCGUCCUCGUCCUCCACCAGCGACCAUCAGCAGGGCAGGAUCAGCGGCAGCAAGAGCAGCAGCAGCAGUGGAGCAGGGGGAGGGGGAGCGGCACCAGGAGGCGGCUCUGCACUGUAUUCAUCGUACAAAUCGUCGUGGGGCUCCCACAGUUCGACACAAUCGCAAGGUUACAGCUCGAACGCCUUGGGCAUCAAACAUGAUCCGCACUCACAACUACGGCAACCUGAUCCAUAUCAAAUGUUCGGACCCACCAGCAGCAGACUGGCCAGCUCAGGCUCUGGCCAGAUCCAACUGUGGCAGUUCCUGCUCGAGCUGCUCUCGGACUCCAACAACGCCAGCUGCAUAACCUGGGAGGGCACCAACGGCGAGUUUAAGCUCACCGAUCCCGACGAGGUGGCCCGUCGCUGGGGCGAGCGGAAGUCCAAGCCCAACAUGAACUACGACAAGCUCAGUCGCGCUUUGAGGUAUUACUACGACAAAAACAUAAUGACCAAGGUUCACGGCAAGCGGUAUGCGUACAAAUUCGACUUCCAAGGUUUGGCCGCUGCCACUCAGCCGGCUGCCAGCGAUCCCACCUACAAGUACCAAAGCGACUUGUUCAUGACACCAUAUCACCACAGCGCCAAGCUCAGCUCGUUCAUGAGUCCCCACCACGGCAUGACCUCAUCAUCGGCUUCGAUCUUCCCGUCGGCAGCCUCGUGGGGCAACUGGGGCAGUCCGGCCACCAACCUGUACCAGCCGCACUCGAUGAGCCACGUGACCCCCUCCCACGUGGCGCCCCACCUCAGCAGCUAUCCCCACUACGCAUGACCAUCAUCG